AGGAGACUGCCCAUGACGAUGACUUGGGAGACAUGCCAUUGACGCCCAUAAUAUGUAUGAAAGGACCAGGUCUCUUUGAGGCAGAAAUGUUCACUGUCUGUGUGGAUGGUGUUGCUAUCUUGACCACUCAGCGGGCUGCAGCUUUCAAAGUCAUGUUUCUCUUAUACUUCGUUCUUAACAUCGAGUAUCCACCUGAAGUGGCUUUGACAUUGGAGUUUGUGCAGAGGGCAAUCGCAGGAAUCAACCCAGAAAGAAGCACAAAGGCACGACGAACGUCGAAGAAGCAGUAUUGUUUGUCGCCAACAGUGGCUGCCUUGGCGAAUGCCCUGGAUCAAUACAAGUUCUAAGCUUGAGUUUGAGUUCUAAAUAAAGAGUAAAAUUUGGAAUGUCAA